AUGGGCGCAAUUUACACGCGGGAGCAAGCCUCCCAGUUCCUCGCCCGCAUUGACAUCCCAGCCAAGUAUCGGCUCGAGAACAACCCCAAACUCGACUAUGCGUUUCUCAAAGCUAUUCAUAUACACAUGAUCACAGCGGUUCCCUAUGAGAAUCUCAAGAUCCACUACUCUGCUGACCGAGUGGUCAAUAUUGACCCGCAGAGCAUCUUCCAGAAGAUUGUAUUAGCGGGACGAGGCAGAGGUGGCUAUUGCAUGGAAAACAGCUUACUCCUGUUACACAUGCUACGGGCUAUUGGAUUUCGGGUUUACCCUGUUGGCGUGAGAGUCAGCACUCGAGAGAACGGGGUUCCUACAGGCAACUACCUAGGCUGGGUACACAUCGUCAACAUCGUCACCCUGGAAGAUGGUUCACGCUGGACUCUCGACGUGGGCUUCGGCGGCGAUGGCGCCACGGCGCCGAUCGAACUCAAGGACGGGGCCACCAUCCUCAACAUGGGCACGCAGGAGGCAAGGUUGGUCCGGGACUUUAUGUCGGCGCAGACCGAGUUGGAUCCCAGCCGGAAGAUGUGGUUCUACCAGUGCCGCAACGGCCCAGACAAGCCCUGGCUUACCUUCUUCACCUUCAGCGACCAGGUGGAGUGGCUGCAGGCGGACUACGAGGUGUCCAACUGGUAUACUGGGUGUAGUCCGGACAGCUUCCAGACGACCAUGAUGCUGGCGAUUAGGUUUCUGCGACGGCCGCGGGAGGGCGGGAGCGGUGAGGAUGACCAGGAGGUUUAUGGGAAGAGAAUGCUUGUGAACGAAGUCAUCAAGGAAAACCUCAGAGGAAGGACACAGGUCGUGCAGGAAUGUAAGAGUGAGGAAGAGAGGAUCAAGGCCCUUCGGGAGUUGUUCCUGAUUGAAUUACAGGAGGAGGAGCAGCAGGCGAUCAAAGGCUACAGUUCGGAGAUCAAGGCGUGA